AUGCCCCCUCUUCAGGACAUCACUAACAAACGCCGUAUGAGUAUUAGUCACUUUUUACACACUCCGCCAACUCCUAAACGAAAAUCAAACCACAUUAAUUACAAGAUAAAGACGCAACCGAUCCUUACAGCCGAUGAAAGGCUGGCCGAACUACGCCAGGCUGAUGAACUGAAGGUGCAGAAGAAGCAAGAACAACAAGAAAAAGCCAAAAAAAGGGAGGAGGCAAGAUUAGCAAAGCAGGCUGAGAAGGAAGCACGUGAAGCGGAGAGGAAAAGGAAACGUGAAGAGAAUGCGAGCAAGAAGCAACUUCAGGAAGGUAUGAAACAACGUAAAGCUGACGAAAAACGAGCAAAGGAAGCGGCUAAGAGGAAGGCCAGAGAAGUGCCAGCCGAGCUGUCUUAUCGCUCGACGGCUGGAGCAGGAUUUGCCACGUUCUCGGGUGGCGUCGACUUGUCCGACACGAUCUUCACCUUGAUCACUCCGGGCAUCGCCACACCAGCUCGCCCGCUUGGCACAACGUGGUCGUAUCACGCGGCGGACGGAAUAGAAUCUCCCACGUUCUCGGGUGGUGUCAACUUGCCCGACACAAGCGUCAACAGUACUCACACGUCGACAACUCCGGGCUUCGCCACACCAGCUCGCCCUCUUGACACAUCGUCGUCUUAUCACGUUGCGGGCGGAGUAGAAUCUCCCACGUUCUUGGAGGGCGUCAACAUGGCCGACAUCAGCGUCAACAGUACUCGCAACUCGGUCACUCCGGGCAUCGCCAAACCAGCUUACCCGCUUGAUACAACAUCGUCGUAUCGUUCGACGCUCAUGAUCGGUAUGGAUGACGCAACAUUGGCCAAACAAGCAGAGAAGGAAGCGGGAGAAAAAGGAAACGCGAUGAAAAAGCGAGUUGGGGAGAACUUCAGCAAAGGUUGA